CUGGCUUUUGCCCACGCGCACUUUGAGCGGGAUUUCGUUUGAUUGGCAUAGGCCGUCGCGCCGAGCUGCCAUGUUUUUGUAAAUCCGUGGGGUGUGUUAAGGGAAUUAACCGUUCUGAAUAACUUCCCCGCGCGCAAAGAUAUACAAUGGGGGCGGGCAGGCGUCGAAGUUUUCCCUUUUAGAAAUAUCAAAACUCCCUAUAAAUUAAGCGUUUUGGCAUCGGACAUGGAUUUUCCCGCGGUUUAACAUGGGUUUUGGCACGGCCACCUUUUUCGCCGUACCAGUGCUUGGUAUAUAUUUUGAAAGACAAGCCCUACAGAAGCAUACCCAUCCACAUUUGGUUCAGUAAUAUUAUGAAGUACCCUCAGUUAGUGUCGAUGCCUUCAGCAGUGUCCGAUUGGUUGGAGGAACAACUCGAAGCUCGCGGUAUUGAUUCGGAAGUUUACACUCGUUACAUCCUCAGUUUAUUGCACGUGCACACCUUGGACGUUAUUUAUCCUGAAGAUGAGGAGCUAUUUACGGAACUAAAAAAGGAAGGAGGGCGGAACGCUGCGUAUCAAAAGCGGAUCCGUCGAACUUCGAACUGGUGGAGACAUGCGCAGGCCAAUGCCGAACAGAUUAAACGUUCGGCAGCUGUCAAAUGCCUCAUGUCGGCCGCUGACCAGAGUUGCGAAAUUGAAUCGUUGGUGGACGAGCUCUGCGAGAAACUGAAAGAGGCGGACGCCCCGUCCGAAUCGUCCGCGACCGAGGCGGGAAAUACAAGGAAAUCAGAGAAAACUAGGAAAAUUUCCCCGGGAGAGUUGGCUCAACGGUACUACGCGGCGUUCCCUCCGCUCCGUCCCGGGAACGCCCGCACCGAUUGCGCUACCGAAACGUCGCCGAAAAAGGGCAAUAAGAGGAAAAACAAGCGUCACGUGCAUCAAAACAGGAUGUACUCGGACAACUUGAAGGCGAGAACCAAUCAGUCCCGAGGGCGGGUCGCAUACAAGAGGGAGCUUCGUCCCCGAAGCUUGAACAAGGAGAUAUUUAACAACAUGACCAAUUGGAAGUUUUUAAAUAACAAUAGCAAUAACAAGGGUCAGUGUUUGGGACAGAAUCUGACCAUCGAGGAUGACUUCGACAUGUACGAGGGUCUGCCGGUCGACAUUUCCGACCUGCUGAACGAAUCCUGUUCGCCGCCGAAGGGCGGGGCGACCGUCGAACUGAUGAACCUCGCCAACGCCAUGAACACCGCCAAGGAAAACCAGUUUUUGGCCCGCGGCACCAACAUCACCUCCUCCAUAUGGUCAAACGUACGCUGCAGCCCCCCGAAGUCCGAGUUUCAGUUUCGCGAAGUAGAGUCUAAUUCUUGGCCCAAAUUCAUCAGUCAGAAUGAGACGAACACUGUCGCGGAAAGGAAAUCCGUCUUCGACGGUUUGCACGCGUUACCGCCAGAUCGCGCUUGGGACGAUUCGGAUCUGGCCGCUGCGUUGCACGAAAACGAAUGCCUCUUCGAUAUGCUGACCAUCAGUUUCAUGAAGGUCAAUCACGAUAAGGAGUGCAGCAGCUUUGCCGAGGUGAAAGAGUGCGCCAAGAAGCCUUUCAGCCUGUUCAGCAACAACGCGCGGAUGGCGAUGGCGGAGUUCAGCGGGCGCGACGGCCUGCCGCAUCGCCAUCUUGAAAAGGACGACCUGCUGACGUCAGAACGGUCGCACUUUAAACCUAUUAAAGAUCCGGUUGACGAAUGCGACUACGCGGACGGGACUACCUUCGUCAUCAACGGAAAUCUAGAAAAGGUCGAUUACGGGCGCAGCGCUAGCGGCUCUAUGCUGUUCGAGACGGAAUUCGGCCAGAGAAAGUUCCGCCAUUACCACAGCUCCGAAGACGAACCCGAUCGGUCGUUUGAGGUCGGUUCGGGUUUGGAUUCCGAAUUCGUGCUCAAAUAUCAGGUGAAGCAAAUCGACAAGGCUUGCCAAACAGAAGGGGAGGCGAUCGUUGCUCUGACUUCCUCUUUGCAAUCGCCAAGCUUGCCUACGUACGGUUCGGAACGUUUCGGAGAGGAGUGGGCCUUGGAUCGAUGCAGGGCCGCCGCCGACGUCAGCUGGAACAACUAUUCGAGCAAAAAAUCGGAUGUCGGCGUAUUGGAUGGCGUCAUGGACGAGGUGUCAUGGCCUUACGUUACGAAAUCUUGCGACAAAUGCGCGGGCGAUGACGACGAGGCCUGGAACACCGACUGGGGCAAGCAGCUAGAAACGUUCGAUACGGAAAACGUGAUGAACAUAUGGAACGGCAACAAGGUGUGUCACGCGUGUCUGAAACUGAACAACACCGUCCCGCGGGACGAUAUGCGGCAGCGGCAGCUGCGUCUGGAAACAAUACGGGACGGCGAGCAGCUGAUGUCCGACAUCAGGACGAUACACAACAGGAACAUGGAGUUUUCGGUGCCGGUGCUGGCCCGGUUGGGGGCCGUCGAACCUCCCGACCAAAGGAAACGUCGCCACAGUUAUAUGGACAAUGCGACGGAUUCGUGGAGUUUUGCCACCCGCCUCCAGGAGGACUGCUUCGUCCGGAUGUCUGCCCUGCCCACCCUACGUUCCGUUACCCUGUAAAUAAAAGCGAGACGGAACGUGGGGGCCUGGCGCCGCCGCCCCCGCCUAGUACAUAGUAGGUUAUGGGAGUUCGGUUCGUUUUUUUUUUUAAAUCUAAGAUUAACCUUUGACGAGGCCGCUGCCAAAGCGCAGUCACGUGACACCUGACCCGUUAGUGCGAUCUUGCCGUGUUUGAGGUUAGGAAUUUUUUUUUUGUGGGCGGCAAAAAUCUCCCCGAAGGCUUCGGACGGCUCGAGAAUUGACGACGACUGCCAUAUUAGUUUUAGCGCAGCGGAGUGGGCGGGGCCUCUCGAGCCGGCGGGGACAUUUCCGGCUAGUAUGACGGCGAAGUAAAAUUGACGUCAUAAAUUUGACUGCAGUAUCGAGUGACAUAAUUUUAGGACAUCACAAGGUGCGGGAAAAUUUUUCGGAAAAGGAAUAUCACUUUACCUACGUGCUGGAUAUUCAAAAUUGCAAACAAAAAAGUUUACCACUAUAUUUACCAUUUUUAACGUUUCAAUGUUGUCGAAAACAUUAUUUUUUAACAUUUUUAACAAGUUUUUCUUGAUUGUUGUGGUAAAAAGAAUCGUAACAGAUAAAGAUUUUAUGCAGUGAAAUAAGUGAGAAUUUUUUUAAAAAUUGAAAUAUAGAAAUAUAGUACCGCAACUCUCUUUAAAUCGGUACAAAUACUGGCUCUGAGGUGCGAAACCACUGAAAAGCCGCCAAAAAUAAAAUAUAGGUUUUUGUUUACUGUUAUUUUUGAAGAAUAAGUAGGAAUUUCCGAAAAACAAGUCGGAAUUUAGAUAAAUCGGAUUAUUUUUGUUUCUGGUCAAAGGUAGGUUUUUGACUUAUUUUGAUUUAAAAGGUUAAAGAAAUUUUUUGGAUUAAUACUUUAAAGAAACAAUAAACAAAUCAAUAUUCAACAAUAACAAUUUUGGUAAUGGUAAUUGAAAAAAUUCAAAUUAAACGUUGGGAUUUCAUAAUAUUUUGAUGUCCACUACCUCUCUGAUGUAUCGCUUGCCAAUGUCCUUCCUGAGAAAUUCUAACUUGUUUCUCAAAAAUUCUGAAUUGUUUUUCAGAAAUUCUGACUUGUUUCUCAGUAAUUCAGACUUGUUUUUCAGAAAUUCUGACUUAAUUUUCAGAGAGUCAGACUUAUUUUUCAGAAAUUCGGGCUCGUUUUUCAGAAAUUGUGAUUGAUUUUUUCAGAAAUUCUGACUUGUUUCUCAGAAAUUCUGACUUGCUUCUCAGAAAUUCUGACUCGUUUUUCAUAAAUUCUGACUUGUUUCUCAAAAAUUAAGUUAAUCUAUAUAAAUUUUAAUCCUUGCUUCUUUGGUUCACCAUUAAGCUCUGCAUAUUUGGAAAAAUCAGAUAGUUCUAUUUGUAGCUCUUUGUGAAGUAUUUCCCAUUUUUUUAUUAUUCCCGUCCAUCCUAAUUUUGUCUUGGUAGAAUAAAUAAAUGUUUUCUAGUUGAUGAUAAAUAACAUCUCAAAUGUAGGUAAUAUGACGUCGGUGACAUAAAACUUUAGGUGACGUCUGCCAGCCGGGAAUCAUAGCUUAGAAAAAUAAAACGCGUCUCGCCAGAUGUUUUAUUUUUGUAAAUAGCGUCGUGCUAGGGGCCUCUAGCGGAGUCUCGCUGUUUCGACCGUCGUAUAUAAUCUCUCAAAGUGUGGUAAUCGAAGACGAAUGACCUUGAGGCUCGUAGUUCGAUGGGUAAUUCUGCACCAAAUUGAGAAAAUAAUAACCUGUGCGUUGUAGUUCGAUUGAUAUUUUUAGGAGAAUUUUAAAUUUGAAGCUAAUAAGCAACGACGAACCUCAGUCGCUGGGCGUUUUUGUUACUACCGUUUAAAAAAAAAGCGGGUAGUGUAAGGGAGAGAUUUUUUUUUGAAAACGGAAAAAUUCGUUUGUUUUCGUAUUGUAUUUUUCUCGUUUCCGGUUGAGUUUUUUUUUUGUUUGUUCUUUUUUUAAGGAGUUCCGGUCCAUCGGUAACUGGGAAGGGUUGAUUUUUGAAUUUUGGAGCGUCGUUUAGGUUAAAUUGUUGGCCGGAGUGCGGGGGAAAACCACGACCGUGGCGCCGCCUCCGGCUCUCGCGGUAACAGAAAAAAAAAUAACAAAAAACGUAUACAAAAAAAUAUAUAUAAACGAAUGAAUUAAUCAUAAAAAAAAAACAAAUAAAAUUCCCUUAGGAGUAGGGUUUGCGAUCCUUGCCCCGAUUAUUUUGAAAAACGGGGCAGCUGACGUAAUUCGAUUGAGUUAUCGAAAAGUUUCGUGUGCCUGGUAAAAUGGUGUCCCCUGUGUGUGUGCGCGCGUGUGUGUGUGUGUGUCUGUUCGCGUGGAUAAAUGUAAAAAUUCGUUGAAAUAUUUUUUCUUUGCUUCUCUCACGAAAUAAAUGAGAUGGACUUCGGUCGAAUUUAAUGAAAUUUUAGGAAUUUUUUCGAAAAUGCCCAAAACAACUGCUUAUUAAGCAAAGUGUGACAUAAAGUACAAAUGAUUUUGCGUUGAAAAAAUAUAGAAAAUAUCCAAUAACUUGCUAUCCAGAGCAUUCUACUUUGUAUGUGAUACCCAGUCAAAAAUAGUCAUUCUAAAUAUCAUUUAAAUAUUUUUUUUAUUUUACCUGACCAUUUUAUUUUCAAUGCGGCGUGGAGUAAAAGGUAAAAGAUAUGUUUUUUUGUAAAUUUCAAAUAAUUUAAUUUUUAUUAUUUAGGCCGAUAUAAUUUAAAAAAAAAGGUACCUAUUAUUUAUAAAAGUUUGAAUAAUUUUCAACAUCUGUAAGGUAGUUUAUUUCGACUAUUUUUGACGACGAUGUUUUUCCGCAACAUCUGAUGAGGCGGAGCAGUUUUCAAUAUUAUUUAAAAUGCAGAGAAAAAUUAUUAAAACUCAUGCAACUAAUAGAUGCUUUUCGUAUCGGUUGUGUAUGAUAAUUAAACUUGUUUGUUUUUGAGAAGCAAUAAAAAAAAACAAAAUAACUUUGGAAACAUUCGGAAAUUAAAUUUUUUGAACAUAAAAACAGUACUUGGUCCGGUAAAAUGCUUUUUGGCAAACUUUGGCAUCCGGUAACAAUUUAAAAAAAUAAUAAUGAAAUUUCGUUAAAUUCGGGUAAAAUCCAUUUUGGUCAUGUAUUUCGUGUCACUAGCGUCUGGCUCGCCCGUGGGCAAACUUUGCUUCCGGAGUGAAAUCAUUUAAUGUCAUUGGUACAUUACCAUAUGCAGUACUGAAGUCCAGUCAGAAAACUAAUUUCGUGCUGUAGAUCAGUCAAAAAUUCUAUAUCUACUCAUAUACUCGAAAAUCAAACCAGAUAAAACUAUCAAACGUAUAGUUUUGGUUUUUUUUAUUAUUUUGAACAAAAAUUAUACAAAAUUGACAUUCGUAGGUUUCCGAAACAUUUUUGUUGAAAAAAUCGAUACAAUGAACAAAAUGAUGCAGAAUAGUUAAUAUCGUCCGUUCCAAACAUCUUUGUUUCGCAAUUCUAAACUACAUCUGGUAGGUGUCAACUAUUUCUGCUACUUUAAAUCGAAAGCAUUGCAAAUAAAUAAUGCCAGAAAAAGUUGAGAAUCUAAAUUUUAAAUCUUUUUUUCCAAAUUCCUGAGCAAAGUUCACGGGCGGGCCAGGCAUCGUGCUUUUUUUUCUUCAAAACUGUGCGGCGAUGCGUGACAAAAGAAAAUUUCGUUAUAGUAGAAUUGAGAAAAUAUAAUCGGUGCGGUUGGUACAAAUAACGUAGAAUUUAGCGUGGUUUACGUAGCGGAAAACAAAAAAAAAACAAAAA